UUUUUUUUUGCUGGUUUUUUCUUAGAUGCUGGACAAAAGUAUCAACCAACAUUUGUUUUGUUUUUCCCUUUGGUUUUGCAGGGCUAUUCUGGUGAUUAUACACGGCCUCAAUGAACAUAGUGAUAGAUAUACGGAGUUCGCAAAGAAACUCAUGUCGUGCAACUUUGGAGUAUAUGCAAUGGAUUGGACAGGUCAUGGAAGUAGUGAUGGACUGCACGGAUAUGUUCCUUCACUAGAUCAUGUUGUUGCUGAUGUUCUACACAACAGAAGUAGGAGAUGGAUGGUGAAGGUGGGAAGAAGAAGCCAGAGACGUGACGAAGGAAAGGCUUGCAACGUUGAUAAGACAUGUGUUCUUUAUAGUCUUUAUUGUUCAAGUCUACUUAAUCAUGAUUGUUGGAUUUGUUAAUAAAACAUGUGUCAAACACUUGUUAUUUGUUUAAUAGAAUUGUGUUUAAAUUUAUUUACUAAUGUUAUUAUUUGUUUCAUUUUAA